UGAGAAAGACGAGCAAGAAAUAUGAAAAUUCUCCGACACAUUUUACACAUUUAUAUUGGUUUUUCCUUAUCAAAAUGAGGAUUUCAAACCAGCUGUUGCGGUCCCGUGCAGCAAGGCCUUUGUACAGCACCGAGCUCAUUGACCUCUCACAUCUUGAACUUGUUUCAGUGGACAGACUAGAGCUGUGUCCUAAGCUACAGACGUUAAUAUUGAGGCAAAACAGGAUCGAAGCUGUCCCGAACUUGGAUUGUUGUCCUCAAUUAUGGAAAAUUGAUCUGGCUAAUAAUAAGCUUCGCAGCCUAGAGGGUCUCAGUAGAUUUCCAGUAUUUGGCACCCUUAUUCUCUCUAACAAUGAACUGGACUGGAACGAACUACUCAAGAUACGUCAUAUACAUAUCCUUGAUCUUACUCUCCACGGCAACCCUCUCCUCGAAAUGGAUUCAUAUUACAGACUUCAUGUUAUUGACAGUCUUCCCAACAUCUGGAUGCUUGAUGGCCGUAUCAUAACAACUGCAGAGAGAGCUCAAGUUAGCCAGUUUUUCAAAGACACUGCUCUGUGUGACAGACCUGUGAGGCACAAGCUUCCCAGAAAUCAAUUUAUUCCAUCUUCACUAAAAAAUAUAAAAGUUACAGGAAUACAUGGAACCAUGACAGAUCAUUAUAUGAGACACUUUCCUCACAGAUCUACCUUAAACAUAGAUCUGGAUAGGAGAAGAUUACAUUACCUUGCAUAUAAUCUACAACGAGAUGUCAAUUUGGAUUUAAAGUAUACAACAAGAGAAAAGGUCAAGCCCACCAGUGUCAUAGAAAAUCUUAUUUCAUGCAGAAAAAAUGACCAGGAAAGAUGCAACAUGCUUCUGUUGCUCCUAGUGGGAUCUCUAGAAUUUUCUAUUCCAUUGUCACUGGUGCAACAAACCCUUGAAAUAACAAGGCUGAAAAAUAUAGACAAUGUGAAUACAAUGGAUUUGUUCAUGUUUUCAAGAGAGACUCGAUGUAGAGUAGCAUCAUUGUUCCUUAGUGCUGUGAAAAUAGAACGUGACCAGAACAUUGAGGGUGGCUUGUACAACCGUCUCUAUCUUUCUUUAUAUGAUCUGGUGUCAGAUCUUGUGAGACUUGCAAAUGGAGAUGAUAUUGCAAGAUAUCAAGCUGUACGUAAGAGGUUUGACACAAGAAAAAGUGGAUAUCGAUGUCUUCUGGCUUCAGAAAUAGUUCAGCUUCUUUGUAUCGUUCCUGUGUUCUUCGAUUUUAUUGGAAAGGAUCCAGGUGUCAUGGAUCUUAUCAGUGUUGCAACAAAGAAUCCAGACAUUGGUGAACAGAUCAAGACCAUCAGCUGGAAAGUCCAGGCAGAAGGGGGUGAUACUAAUAAAGUAUACCAGGAAAUUAGUCAAUUCCUUUUAAAGAAAACCAAAGAAGCAAGCUCAUCGAUUCCCAAUCCUGGCAGAGGAAAAGUCUUAGACGUUUUUGAAAAAAACAACUAUCCUUUCUAUAGAAUGGAACCGAGUUAUAUUAUAACGUCCAAACGAUUGAUAGUCAAACCAGCAAACCAAGAUAAGCCCCAACCUUCGUCGAAAUUAAGAGUACGCCCUUCCACUGGAGCAUCAACAUCACCUACAAGAUCUGCAAGAACCAGCCCAGCAAGGCCUAAGACCGGAAUAAGAAAGCCAAGGCUUGGUGACAGAGUACAACUUGGGCAUCAGGCAUGUGGUAGACUGGUUGCUUUACCUGAGAAUCAUGUAGGACUGGUGCAAAUCGAUACCAAGGCUGCAUCUCGUUUCCAGCAAGCCGAUUACAGCCUCCAUAGCAAGUUUGACGAUCAGUUUUAUUACGUUAACUUUAGACAUAUGGAAUGGGAUCCCAAGGUGGCCCAGUGGAGAUUUGCGUCAGGGUUUUCAGAAUUAUCUUUGAACGCAGGUAACAGAAGGACUACAGAAACAAACGAGGAAGAAACAAGGUUUUUGUCCGAAAUCUUGCAACAAAGCCUUAAGCUUAGAGCAGAUCUACCGUUUACACAGAAGGAGACGCCUGAGGAACAGGAUGACAAACGCGAAGGACAUGUUCUCAUCACCGAUCACGUGCGCUCCAUCGUGCGUGAGUGUCUUCAAGAAGCUGAGGUAGAGUGGCCAGAUGAAGAGAAACCCUUGAAUCCAGAAGCAACAGAGAUUGAACAAACCUGGACUGAGCCAGAACGAGUGGAAAGUCCAGUUAGUCAGUCUGAAGUCACUGUACAUGUUGACUCGGAUUCAUUUACAGCUUCCCAUGAUCUUCAAGUUGUCGAUGAAGAGAGUGCAGAACCAAG